GAGAAUGGCGGGCACGGGUUUAGUGGCCGGAGAGGUUGUGGUGGAUGCUCUGCGGUACUUUGACCAAGGCUAUGAAGCGCCUGGGGUGCGGGAAGCGGCGGCGGCGCUAGUGGAGGAAGAAACUCGAAGAUACCGACCUACGAAGAACUACCUGAGCUACCUGACGGCGCCGGAUUAUUCUGCCUUUGAAACUGACAUAAUGAGAAAUGAAUUUGAAAGACUGGCAGCUCGACAACCAAUUGAAUUGCUCAGUAUGAAACGAUAUGAACUUCCAGCCCCUUCCUCAGGUCAGAAAAACGACAUUACUGCAUGGCAAGAAUGUGUAAACAAUUCUAUGGCCCAGUUAGAGCAUCAAGCAGUUCGAAUCGAAAAUCUAGAACUAAUGUCACAGCAUGGAUGCAAUGCCUGGAAAGUAUAUAAUGAAAAUCUAGUUCAUAUGAUUGAACACGCACAGAAAGAGCUCCAGAAGUUAAGGAAACAUAUUCAAGAUUUAAACUGGCAGCGAAAGAACAUGCAGCUCACUGCUGGAUCAAAAUUAAGAGAAAUGAAGUCAACUUGGGUAUCCCUGGUCAGUAAAAAUUAUGAGAUUGAAAGGACUAUUGUGCAAUUAGAAAAUGAAAUCUUUCAAAUGAAGCAGCAACAUGGAGAGGCAAACAAAGAAAAUAUCCAGCAAGACUUCUGAAAAGACAAAUUAAUUUGAUGGGUUGAAGGGACGGCAAGUUGGGCUUUCACAGAAGAUAGGCAUCUGAAGUAUGAAGGGCAACAGCAUCUUACAGAAAUCAAUUGUUAAAUGUUUAGAGGUCACAGUAUGUGGACUAU